AUGCCCGGGGAAUCCCUCCGCGAAUGCAAUGGCGUAGGAGCGGCGGUUGUGGCCCUGCCGGCUGUUGUUCCUGCCGCGUCUUCGUCAGCAGCAGAGGCGGAAGACCCCGCUCGACCACAGCAUUUGCCCCCUCAGUGGACGUCGCUCUUUGUUGAUCGGGAGGGAGGAGCCUCGCUGGCCCCAUGGUGCGGGCUGGCGUCUGCGUCGAGACAUCAUUCCCCCACUUGUCUCUCCCGCACCCCAGACAUCGACUCGGGCGUGGUCGGCCUAGCAUCGGGCGCGCUACCAGAAGGCACUGCGGCCGCCGGUGACGGCGGGCUGAUCCUCAAGUCGCUACCCCCAACCGUCUACGCGGGCGUGGCAUUGGACAGCGGCCGGGGCGGGGCAGAGGCUACCACCGCAGCGGAGGGGAAUGGGGGCGCUUUGUUGGAGCUGCAGAGGGGGGCGCUGUCUUGUGCCCGCCUGCUCCCCGCCCCGCCGUCGUCGGUGAUGGCGGCCGCGGUAGACGACGCGCAGGGAGUGCUGGCGGUGCUCUUGGCGGACCAGGCCGGAACCGCGCUGCUCCUGGCGCGCGACGGCUGCGAAUUCCCGGUGGUGGAGGAACACCGAGGCAUCGCCGCCGCGUUCAAGGGAGACUUUUUGGGCAACGGUCGGGAGCAGGUGGCGCUUCUCUCCGCGGCUUCGACGGGGGCGGGCGGCUCCGGGGGUGGAGCCGGUAAACCUGGGAAGCGGGGAGCGGCAGCGUCGAAGACCGGAGGCGCCAGGUGGGAGCAGCUGCCGCUCAAGAGUCUCGUGAAGAGGGCGCUGGUAACCGACAGCUCUUGCGUCUGGGGGAACGAGCGACGGGAGGAUCUUCCGACGGCCCCGUCCGGCGGUGUUAACGGCGAGGGUGGUGCUGGUGGUAGCAGGGGUGCAGUUGCCUUGACGGGAAGUGUAGAGGUACCGAAGGGAGCCACGAAGGGGAAGAAGCGACAACGAUCGAAUGGGUUGGGAGACGAGGCCGGUGUAGCUGCGAGUAGCGGUGCGAACGGGUCUUCUGUGGCGUUGGCGAAGCCAAGCAAGACCGGGGGGGCGGACGUCAACAAGGAUAGCAGGCUCAGCCGCCUCUCGAGUGUCGUGGGAGUUUUGCGGCGACGUGUGCAAGCGGAGGAGGCGCGGCUGUUGCAGCUACGGCAAGCUAGGCGAGGCAAGGCGGCCGCCGUGGAAGCAGCCAAGCUGGCGCUGACGGCCAGCGCCGAAGGCAUAAGCGCAUGUGGGGGGGGCUGCGAAGUGAGCGCAGACGGUGGCGACCACGGCGAGGACGCUGGCCCGCCCAGAGCCUCCUCGAACGCUCGGCUCUUUUUGAAUGGGCUAGUGACCCCCGCGUUUGGCGGCGGCGGUGGCGGGUCGACGCUGCCGAGCGGUCAUCAGGUCCACGAGAGGGUUGCCGAAGAACCACCACCCGCCCCCCUUCAGUGCGCGAUCACUCGCGUUCGGUUCCACCCGCCUUCCCGGGUGCUCUGCUUGGACGCCCACGUCCGCAACCCGUCGCCUCCGAAGGCGAGCAACGCGGCAGAAAUUACUCCCGCGGCGGCGGCGGCGGCGGCGGCGGCGGCGGCGGCGGCGGCGGCGGCUGGACCUCCGGUCACUGUUGUGAACGUGUGCUUGACCGUCGCGUCUGCUUCGGGACACCUCGCGACACGCAGCGCCGUGUGCCCGCGUCUCCGACCGGGCGAAUCGGCAACGGUCCGAGCGUGCGUCGAAGUGCCUUUUGGGUUGUUGGCGGGAGGAGGCGGCGGAGGCGGCGGCGGCGGGCUGGUCCCCGGAAGGGCCGCUUCUCUCUACGCUUCUUGCAGCUGGAGGCUGGGCGGCAACAGCUCACCGGCGGCCCUCGGCGGAGGGACAAGGACGCCACCCGUAAACUCCGAGGACAUGCUCGGCCUGGGCGGCGGUGUGGCAUCGCUGGCUCAGGCACCAGAGGACAAGCAGGCGGGGCAAGACUUCUUCGACCACCACCGCUCCGCGAAAGCGGCCGCCGCGCGGGGCCGGAGGGGCGGGGCCGGCGGCGGCGGCGGCGACGGCUGCAAACAUCUCGGGCUCUUCGACGUCGGCACCCGCCUCGACCUCCUCCUGAGCUCCUCGGAUCCUUCCACGACCUCGACCACGAGCCUGGCCGCUCUCCCGCGGGCGGUGCGAUCGCUGUCGGAGGUCGCGGCGCUGCCCGAGGCUUGGGCCGGCGGGGCCGCCGUGCGCGUCAACGGGUGCUCGGAGCGCGCGGCGGGGUGCACCCUUCGGGCCGGCGACUCCCCCUCCGCCCCCGCGGUCCUGCUAACCGUUGCCGCUUGCGCGCUGCCCGACGGUACGCUGGCGUCGGCCGACCACGCCUCCGGGCAAGGACGGGCUCUCCUGGUCGCCGCUGCGGAGGCAUUGAAAGACGAGAUGGCGGCGGUGGAGGCGGUGGCGCGGGAGCGGGGUCGGCUGGACGGAGGUGGGGGGACGGAGAGGCUAGCGGCGGCAUUGCGACGGUACGGAGCAGCGCAAAGGAAGUCCGACGUCUUGGCGGCGCAACUUGCCGGUCGGGUCGUUGCCGCAUGCGGAGGGGCGGCGCCGGGGGAAGGGCUGGGUUAG